CUCGCUCAUCAGCACUGCCAUCUCGGCCUCUUCUUCGUGAUAUCUUUGAAAAGAAAAGGUGCGACGCAUACACUACGACAACAACGGACGCAUAGCGGCGAAGUGGUUGCCGCCUACAUCUCGGAGCUCUCCUCAAGUCGGCCAACGGCGCAAUCUUGGAACCCACCUCCAGUGCUCCAGCACCUCCUCGACAGCUCCCCCGAGCUCGAAACUGUGGGCAUUAUCCUGCGCCAUCUACUCUACUUCAGUACGUGCGUUUCUGGCAUCCCACAACUUCUCCAACGUUUUCUCUCAAACCCCUACGCCUCAGUCGCCGCUUGCCCAUAG